CGGCAGCAGCUUGAGAAGGACCUUGACUUAACUGGCACAAACCAACAUCUUGGACCACAACAUUUAAAUCUUGUAUUUAUUAAUAUAUUAUUAUUUUUUUUACCUCUCAGCUUUAAUGGCUUAAGCUAAUCUACAGAAACCAGAGUUUUCAAGGAUUUUCGUCCUUUAGGAAAGGAAAUGCCAAUUGUCAGUCGAUAUAGUUUUCGAUCAUCUAAGCGAUUUAAAUUUACCAGUAACUACCCUGUAGAUAGCAGUGGCAGCGGGCUGCCAGACAAAGUGAAGAAAAGCAGGAGUAGCCUAAGCAAUGGCAGCAUCAAGAAGUUGGAGUCCAGGAAAGCCUUGAGUCUGGAGGCAGCCCAGAUCGAGGUCCAGCUACAGCACAAAACGCUCGCCAGACAAGUAGCCAUCAGAGCACAGUCAUACGAUGAUGACAACAAAGUCUUUGAGAAAACGGAAACCACAAGUACACGAAGUAGUUUCACAAAGCACAACAAGACAUUCCACAAGUUGUUUCCAAACAUUCCAGAGAAUGAAGACUUAAUACAUGCAUACAUCUGUGCUCUGCAGAAGGAAGUGCCCUACCAUGGUCGGCUGUACAUCACAGACACCCAUGCCUGUUUCCACUCCUCAGUUUUGCUCAAGGAUACAAAGGUAGUGAUUGCAGUCUCCUGCGUUCUUAGAGUGAAGAAGCAGAACACGGCUUUGCUUGUGCCCAACGCCUUGUCGAUUCGCACCACGCGUGGUGAAAAAUACCUGUUUGUGGCCCUGCGGAACAGAGAAUCAUGUUAUCAGGUGCUGCGCUCAGUCUGUCCUCAGCUAGAGGAUGGUAGCACAAACAGUAGCCCUGUCAUCUCCUCAACUGAGGCCAGCUUUGAUAAGAGCAAACUUGUGAACUCCAGCCUGUCCAGUCUGGACGACAGCUAUGACCAAGUCGAUGGCUCGGAGUCUCAGUCUAUGAUGGACCAGCCUCUGCUCAGACCAGUUCUCUGCAGAGAGACGGUGCCUAAUGGAAACGGCUCCAGAGUGAAGGCCUUGCUCAUACAGCAGAGUGACAGCUCAUCGUCAGAGGAGCUGUCCGAGUCAGGUGGAUCGUGGGUUUGGAAUGUGACAGAAAAGGCCAAGUCCCUGCUGGUUCAGAGCGAGGCCAGCACGCUCAACAUGCUACUUUUCAUUUACUUGAUUUUGGUUGUGCUGCUGCUGCUGUCUUCAGGCUACAUUGGUUUGCGUAUUGUGGCUUUGGAGGAACAGCUGACGUCCCUCGGAGCACUGCCUGAGUUCACUUUACAGAGCGGGUACCACCAAGACACAUAACACUCACUGACUGAAGGAGAGAUCGGUUGACUUAUGACUGGAGGACUAUUUUUGGCCUCUUCUCAGCAGACCCCAGCGGGAGAAGUUAAAUCCACUCAGACUGUGUCCAUGGCUUGAGGAAGAGAGGCCAUCCUGUCCAAUUUCAAAGACAACUUGUUAAACUUGAAGGGCUAGCCUUGCUCCGGUGCAGUGAACAAAAGGACACGCCACAACUUAGUCACACGGACCGGAGCCAAAAACGCAUGCACACACUGCCUGGUUGCAGAGUGUCUUGUCUUUUCAAACCAAAGCCAAAUGGUUCUUAUUUAAUGAGGUGCCAUACUACCCGGGGGCACUUUCCUUAUGUUACCCACUGUCUUUCAUCCUUCCUCAUCUACCUGAGCUUUCAGUCUGAACAGGGCUUCUACCAGUCAGCAUUAGCGCGUUGUCGUGCUUGUUUUUGCACCUCGACAAAGGAGACAGCAUAGCCAAAGAUGCACACGGUGCACAUCUAUUGCAUGAGUGCACGGAAAUAACUAGACUUUCUGUCUCUUGUUUACCUUUCCAUCGAUCGGCAGCAUAGCAAACCUGUCUCUCUUUUUUGAAUUUUAUAACAUUUGAGUACUUCUCUUCGACUGGCUCUUAUUGUCCUAAUCAGCUGUGGGUUGAAAUGAUGAUGGUUGAAAUCUCUAAUUCAGAUCAGCUCAUGGAGGCUUGAUACACUCCUGAUGGUCAUAUUCUUUCUCUCUUUCUCCAAUCACCUGUUAUUGCAGUAUUGCUUUCCUCGUCUUUGACAUGAUUUAAAUGUAUUUAAUGAUCAAUGCUGAGAGGUAAUUCUUUGCGUCACCAAUGCACAAAUACUUAGUACAAUAGGAAACGAGGAAGUCAUCUCAGAUGCAACAAUAUGUUUUUGUGUCCGGCUUUCCGAUGACUUUUUUCGUCACACGUAGACUUAAAUUGUGUCGGGUUCAGAUGUUUAUGUACUGUCUACAAGAAAAAAAAAGUGACAAUGUUGUGUUGAAGUACAAACCUCCUUUUUUUGGAUAGGCCUCUUGACGUCCAAGUGGCAUUUCAAGAACUUUCAGGUUAUUUAAAGUAGCACCAAUAAUUUAUUUCGAAUGUUCAAGAACGUGUCUGCAAUGCGGACACUUGACUGAAAGUGUAUAUGCAUUCUCGCUCGUGCCACCCUCCGAGGAGAAUUUACAACCACACUUUGUAAGGUCCAGGUUUUCAUCAGUGGUCCCUAAAAUAGAUUUCAAUAUGCAACAAUUGUUAAUGCAUGGUAAAAUGUAACUAAAACUUUGUGUGUCGUUUUUAAAUGAAACUUAAUGUUUUUGGGGAAGAUUUUGUGUUGGAAAACAAAAUGUGAGUGAAAGGAAUAGCUCAAGCGAGCGAGCGCACUUUAAAGAAUGUUUCGUGCCUGUCACAAUCCAUGCUUUCUGGAUUGGGAAGAACUGGCAAAGCUGGCGUUCUGUGGUAUCUGAUGGUGCUAAGACCUUUUUUAAAAAAUAGUUUUCACUCAGGGGUGGUGGGCACUACCUACCUGCUAUGUGGUUUUAGGUUGUCAUCUUUACCGUUGCCAUUUCGUGAUCAUGAUGUGGUUCACAUUUUGUUCGCUUUGGUGGUUUCUCAAAAAUACUUUAUUUCAUUGAGAUUUGCUUGAAUUUACUAAUUGAUACGACUUUGUCUUUGGAUGUUUUCGUUUUCUUUUCCCUCUCUCUUAUGACUGUUUUCAACUGACCUAAAGAAAAUUUAAAUCCACACCACAUCUCAGUGAUCUUUCCAUCACCCUUGUUGUCAAAGCUCUUCUUGAUGAGGUGUAGCAGGGGGCUGUAAUUCUGCCUCGCCCUGUCACAUUCACAAUGAUUUGCCAUGGUUUUUGUCAACAUGCCAUAUACAGUACCAUCAGUUUUUAUAUUCCCCCACCAGGGGGCAGUACACAAUCACUGUUCUCUAAUGUACUUGAUGCAAGAAUUUCAUUGAGGGCAGUAUAUGUGUGGUUUUGCACUAUUCAGAGUGUUGUACAUAAUUUGAAUCGGUUGUUAAUGUCUUUAAUUCUACUAUGGUCCUACAUAUAUUUAUUUGCAUUCUGUGUAAUUCAAAGUAAUCUCUGUGAGAUGGCUUUGCUAUUGUUCAAAAUAAAUCAAAUGUUGCAAAGAAAAUAA